AGCGAAAAUGCCAAGUUUUGUGUCCAAUCAACUAGGGAGGCGAAAUUUUCAGGAAACCGGACGGCUGACCAUGUCGGUUGAAAAUUCAAACGUUGGCGUCAACUCACAAGUAAACGUCAAUGGCAGAGACGACGACGCUACCUUCUUUGCCUUUCUAUAGCAGCAUAUACGAAAAGGAAAGUCUGCAAAAAUUCAGACCUGUAUAUAUGCUUGAUUGAUUGUAUUUCCAUCUUUGAUUCUGUAGGUUAAAGUCUUUACAUUGUACAUUAACAUAACGAGAGAAUAGAAGGAGCAAGUCGUUUUCUUCUGAAACUUUGGCUCUCUUUGAUUCUUGUUACUUUCCGAGGAGCAACAAUGGCGACGAAGUUCCAAGAGAAGCUCGAAUUCCUCGACAUCCUCAAACAAUCUGCCAGACUCCUCCGCUGUAACACCAGUCUACUAAUCUGGGUUUUCUUCAGUUCUGUUCCUCUCUUUUCUUUCUUAAUCUUCUUCGAGCUCUCUCUCCAGAACACCCUUUACCACGCCUCCCUGUAUCUCUCCCGACAUCAAAGAUACUCCAGUUGGAGUUAUUAUUAUUACUCUUAUGGAAAAUCCAUGCCCGGAUCCGGCGGGGCUGUGGUUUGGCCGAUGUUCCAGACAUGUCUCCUCUACCUUUUCCCGUAUCAGUUUCUGAAUCUCUUCACCACGACGACAGUAGUGGCCGCGUCAUCGGCCGUAUACACGUCGGAUGAACCGAUGGGUCUUCCGAUUUUGGCGCGGAGGUCUGUCGAAAUCUGUCGGAACAGGCUUCGAGGCUGUCUGAUUACGUCUCUGUAUGUCCUCCUCUUCUCAACCUCCGUCCUCUUCGGCUUCAUCUUCACUGCCACGAAUUACUACUACUGGGCUUUUCUGUUCGGCCAAUACGACUACUCCUAUGUUCUUAUCGAUCUCCAUGGAGAAGAAAGCUAUCAUUACAACUGGCCCUAUGGCCAGGGCGACCUGACGAAGCUUCUGCUUCAUAUCUCUGUGGUUCUGCUUCACGGAGCAGCCUUUGUAGUUCUGUCAGCGAAGCUCAGCAAGUGGAGUGCGGGAUGGAACAUGGGUCUGGUCGUUUCGGUAUUGGAAGUCGGGAGCGAGGAGGAAGCUGUCUAUGGCAGUGAUGCUCUGUCGCUGUCGGCUUGUUACGGAAGAGGACACGAAAGGCAAGGACUUUGGCUAAUGCUCGUGUUCUUCGUGAACGCUCUGGUUCUGAGGCUCCCCUGUUUUUACUCGGACUGCAGUGCCAGUCGGACCGGGGUGUACUACACUUGUGCCUAUGCCGGUUUGAUCUGUGCGGGGAAUGCGUUCAAAUGGGUUGCUUGCGUUUUGUUUUAUCACGAAUCCAGGACCCGGGCUCUAAAGAAGAAGGCUGACCUUGAGGUAGGAGCCAAGGGAUACACUGAAAGUUCGUGACUUUGGGAUCAAGGUCUAAAUCUCGGACUGGAAAACUAUAAAAAUGGACCCUUUUGGUCCUUUACCUUUUACUGUAUUCAGUCAUUGCUUUACUUACUACCCCUUUCCGAACAAUCUUUUACUCAUUAUAUUAUGUUUUGAAGAGACUACCACUCUUAUCACUAAUGGAGCUCUUGUAGUCGCAUAGACUUUGAUAAAACAUGCUGAGAACAACCCUGAUGGGUUUCCACAAAUCACAAAAAAAAAAA